AUGUCAGACCACGUCCAGGACGCGGCGUCGUCUGAGCCUGCGCCUGCAUCAACCGACUCGACCGCAUCCACCGGUCUCCCUGCUGCGACCAUCGAUCACGAGGUUGCAGCGCCGGCAGCGCCGUCAUCUCCGUCACAACCUCGGCAGGCCGGACCCAAUGAGAAUGGCGACGCGGUCAAGAUCGGCUCUCAGCCGCUUCCAAUAGCGUCGCCGAAGCAGUCGUCCUCCGCCAACGGAGUGGCGUCCGUUUCUGAAGCCUCCGAUCCAGUCGUCGCGCCCAAAUCGGUCGACCGUGACUCUGCCCAGCCCUCGCAGCCCGCUGAUGGCGCUCCCAACGGAGAAACAGCCACUACUGCGCCAUCCGCAGAACAGCCGGCAGUCACCGACGGCGCACCGUCGAUCGACAUCCUCGCACAGUCGCCAGAAGCGCAGUCCCAGCCCGGGCUCCCGAAGGUGGAAGCAGCGGCCGGUCGACCGACUGAGGUCGUCAGCGACAUUGCUGGCGGGCCAGAUCCGCUGGUGCAGCCGGGACAGGCGCAGCCGACCGACGCCGACGCCGUCGUCACUGCAAAGCUCGCAGACCAGCUCGCGCAGCAGGCGGACGCCCUCGACGGAGCAGGGCACCCGCCGGCGGCGCCAGGGAUCGCGUCAUCGACUCCGUCCGAUGCACCGCCAGCAACGCAAGGCGUCGAGGCCGUUGCUGCCGACAGAGACUCGCCUGCGGGAUCAAGCUCGGGUCCUCCCGCCGCUUCAGCCGCACAGAGCAACGGCACUGCUUCCCGGCCGCCUUCCGACUCGCGGGAUCUGAACCCGGUUGCACCAGACUUUCUGUCGUCAGGACCAAAACCCUCCGCUGAGUCUCUGCCGAGCGUCGAGCAAAGCGGUCAAGCUGCUGGGCCACUCGCGUCAUCUGCAACUCCCUCUGCCGAAGGCGCUGCGACACAGUUUUCUCACACGUCGCAGCAAGCCGUCGAGGAUGCGCCUGCGACUGCUGAACGAGUGUCAGGCGCGGUCACGACGUCGUCACCGGAACCCACGGCAGAUUCCCAGGUGGCAGAUUCCCAGGUCCAGACUGCCCAGGAGAGCGCAUCACCCUCUAUGCCCGCAGGAAGCAUCGACAACGCCAAGACACCGAACCCAGUGCCUGGGUCGGCAGAGCAGAGCGAGAGCGCUGGACCAGCUGCUGCGGCCGACAUGAGGACAGACGCCCCCGCCGCGAGCUCUGCUCCGAGCAGUGGAGAUGCUCAGGAUCCUGCCGUCGCUUCUGCUGCAUCCGAUGCAGUGCCGACCGCCACAAGCAACUCAUCUGCCUCUGCAACUCGACCGACAGGCUCGAGCCAGGCGGACGUGUCGGACAUCGCAGAAGCGCCCAACACAGCCCCAUCGACACUUUCAGACGUGGCUGUCUCCUCUGUUGAUGCUCCCGAUGUUACGGAAGGGAGAUCAGAGGAUGCGACAGGAGCGGUCCCAGCCGCCUCUCUGCCCUCGGCCAGACAGGAAGGACCAGGGUCGACCGCGCCACCCAACUCGGCCGCGACUGCAGGCUCCGGCAGCCCGUCCAUUACCGGCGGCACAAAGUCCGAAUCGAAGUCAGAGCAGACGCCGACGCAGCCAGCAGCAACGAGCACCCAACCACCACCUACAGUGCCGCCGCCCUCAACGGAACCGCGUCUCACGGUGACGGCCGCCCCUUUGACGCCUCUGCCGCCUGUCUCGGCGCCGGAGCCCGCCUCUGGCAGCAGCGCCGAGAAUGUCCCGACGUCCGCAGCGCCGCCCCAACAGACCGCUGAGCCUCUUGUCGCCUCUGCCAGCGCGAGCGCAGCUGCCGAGGAGCCCACCAGCGCCGCGGCAAUUGCCGAGGCCUUGACUGCAUCUGAUCCUGCGGUCUCGGCGUCCAAGCCUGUAGAGACCGCGGUCGCAGCCAGCGCCCCGAGCCAUGUCGCACCAGGAUCUGCUGCGGCGCCUAGCGGUGCGACUGCUCCUGGUGCAGCCGCCAGCGCGUCCGCGAGCUCCAAUUCGGCCUCCUCAGGAGACACACAGAAGUCGGCCGCGCAGGCUCUGUCGACCGGGAGGGACACGGCGGCUGAGCAAGGGAUCGACCCCGCGACCUCGAAUGCCAGCGGUAAGAGGAAGUCUGACGAGAUCGAAGCGUCCGACCAAGCAGCGUCGCCCCGGAAGCGAGCUCGGGAAGGACGGGUCGCGCUGAUCCUCCGCAUCAACAAGGAGCUCAUCCGGAUGUGCGUCGAUCUGCAGGCCAACAACCUCACCGGCGACCCGGUCUAUCGAGAUGUCGCUGUCCGACUCCAAGGGAAUCUCGGAUACCUCGCCAGCAUAGCUGACAAGACCAAGGCGUCGGGCGAAGCUGCAGCGCCACCGCCACCGAAGCUCGACCCAUUCCCCAGAACGUCGCACGCUCCCGAGUCGCCUCUGCCUACGCUCUACGACCAACUGAUUGCCACCUUCGCUCGCAGCGACAUCCAUGCCAACGGCCCUGCAGCCUCGACUCCGGGCGAUGUCCCCGGCGGUGACGGCGGCAACGACGGCAGAAAGCAAUCGCUCGCCGAGUCGCUCACGGGGGCCGGCGAUGAAGAGUCGCGCAAGCGGAUGGCGCUGCUUGGAAGCAGCGGCAAGAGCAGCGGAGGUCCUGGAUCACCGGCCGCAUUCUCGGCUCCCUCUGCAGUCUCUGGAGCUUCUGCGCCGACAUCGCUCCCCACCUCAGCGCACGCGGCGUCCGGCAUGGCGAGCGCGCCCGGCCCGAUGGCUUCUACGCCGGCUGCGGCGCCUUACCCGUCUGCGCCUACGAGCAUGCCUGGCCCCAAUGCGGUCUUUGCACCGCAGGACACUUCGUCUCCCUCGACGCAGCAGAGUCACCAGCCGCAGCAGCAGCAACAAGCUCCGCCUAGCCUGACCAGCGGUGGGCCCAACCUUGGCGCUGCUCCGCCCGUACCGAUUCCCAAUGCGCAGGCAGCCAAGCCGAUGCCCAACAACGUUCAGGCGCAGGCGCUGGUCCAGGCGUUCGGUCCCAACGCGCUGACCAACCUACACGCGCUCCAGACCCACAUCAAGGGACAGGGGACUCACCCGUGGGUCGCUUUCAUGGAAGCCAACGUGCCGAACUUCAAGAACCUGCCGCUCCAGGUGCAGAUGCAGCAGAUGACGGGCAUGCAGAAUGCCGCACUGCAGCGUCAGAAGCUGGUGCAGCAACAACAGCAGCAGCAGCAAACGCAAGUCCAGCAGCCUCAGCAGCAGCAGCCUGACCACGGAUCGACAGGGUAUCCGCUGCAGCAGCAGCAGCCGCCGCAAGCGCAGAGCCCGUUCGGCGGAGUCGCUGCUUUCAACAACGGUGGCGGCGGCAAGGCGACGCAGAGCCCAUCGCGGGGCACCAACAGCGCCGGACCAGCCUCUCACUACAGCAACAGCCCUGGCAGGAUGUCGGCCUCACCGAUGAUGAGCGGACUCCCCCAUCCGGGCUUGCAGGGCGCGCAGCAGCAGCAGCAGCAGCAGCAAGGCUCGCGACCGGCCACGCCGGCGCGGUCGGCGACGCCUUCGCAGCACUUUGGCGGCGCCUCUGGUCGCCCUGGAAGCUCUUCGGGCCCAAUGAGUGCCGGAGGACAGAGGGCGCGCCAGCCGAGCGCGAGCCAUAUCCUCGGCGGCGGCGGCGGUGGCGAAGGGGCGGUCGGUUCGCCGAUGAUCCAAAGCAGGGGAUCGCCUGGGACCUUCCUUGGCUCGCCCGCGCAGCAGCCGCCGGCGACGCCCCAGCAGGCUCAGCAGCAACAGGGGCAGCCGCCGCCGAUGUCGAUGCCGCAGCAGAUGCAAAACAUGCUGAUGCAGAGCAUCCCCAACCUGAACGCGCUUCCGCCGCACAUCCAGCAGCAGCUGCGGCAGCAGUACGCGGCGCAGCUCCAGUCCCACCAGAUGCGACAGCAGCCAUCUCCCGCCCCGUCCGGCGACCAGGCGGGGCAGCAGCCGCAGCAGCCGCAGCCGCAACCGCAUCAGAUGGGCUUCGCCGGCAUGAGUCCACAGCAACAGCAGCAGAUGCGUGUCAGCAUGAGCGGCGCUGGCGGGCAGAUGUCGCCGAUGCAGCAGCAGCAACAGCAGCAGCAGAUGCAGAUGAUGAUGGCCGCUGCCGCUGCGGCGCGCAGCAAUCAGCAGGGCGGCGGUGGCGAUGGCGCCAACGCCAUGAACGGCAUGAACGGCUUCCUCGCCGCUGGCAUGGGCGGGCUGAGCCCGGCGCAGCUGCAGCAGCUCAAGCAGCAGCAUCAACACCAGCAGCAGCAGCUCCAACAGCAACAGCAGCAGCAGCCCAACGCCGGCUCGCCCUGGUUCAAUCCGGGCCUGCAGUGA